AUGCCAAAUGCUUUUACUUUUGUGCCACCUCCUGAGGCUCCCGUAUUUUAUCCAACGUCUGAGGAGUUUGAAGACCCCCUCGCUUACUUGAUGAAAAUACGACCAAUCUGCAUAAAAACUGGCAUAUGUAAAAUCGUCCCUCCCAAAUGUUGGAACCCACCUUUUGCCGUAAAUAUGAAAGAAUUUUCAUUCACACCACGCGUCCAACGUCUGUAUGAACUGGAGGCUCAUUCUCGAAUAAAGUUAAAUUUCAUCAGUAAACUCUACAAGUUUGUCCAGCUACAGGGAGGAGACAAAAUUCGAGUACCGAGCAUUUGCGGCCGAUACCUGGAUCUAUACGCUCUUCACAAACAGGUUGCAGAGGCAGGUGGAUAUCGUCAAGCUUGCGAUAAUCACUCCUGGCCUAAUAUUGCUGAAAAAUUAGGAUAUCAGAGCAGACAUGCUCAUUCUAUCAGAAGCAACUAUGAAAAAUUGCUUCUUUCAUUUGACCAAACGGUUUCAGCUCCCUCUUCAUCAACUAAAACUGUCAAUCGUUCUAGGAGCCGUAUAAGCAGUUACAAGCGCUGUAGACGUUCAGUCGAGGAAAAUAAAAUAGACUACUCAGCCAGUAAUGAGCUGAAAAAUUUGCAGUUUUUCGGUGCUGGACCUAAAGCGGCUGUGCCUGUAGAUGAACGACCAAAAAAUUUCAAACCGGAAAUCAACAUUGAUGAUUAUAACUGUCGCGUUUGUGGUUCCGGAGAUGACGAAGCCAGUCUACUCGUUUGUGACACGGAUACUUGUGAAGCUUGUUAUCACUUGUAUUGCCUCGAUCCACCUCUCCGCUCCAUCCCGAAGUGCCAGUGGAAAUGUCCUGAAUGUGUUCGACAAAUUUGCUCUAAUCCUGUUGAUGUUUAUGGAUUUCCUCAGUCGAGCAAAACAUAUUCUCUUCAAGAGUUUGGUAUAAUGGCAGAUGAAUUCAAAUCUGCUUAUUUCAAACGACCAUGCACUGAAGUACCGUGUGCAGAAGUAGAACAGGAGUUUUGGCGGAUCUUACAGGAAUAUAAUGAUGAUGUUGUUGUUGAAUACGGUGCUGAUAUUCACUCUAGUUCUCAAGGUUCAGGAUUUCCAACUAAAUUAAUGCUGAAGAACUUGGUCGGCACUGCUUCUCAGCUGGCGGAGGCAAAGAAGUAUGCUGAAAGUCCGUGGAAUUUAAACAUAUUACCUUUGUUAAACCGGUCAGUCUUGAGGUUUAUCAAAGGAAACAUAGAUGGCAUGAAGAUCCCUUGGUGUUAUGUGGGUAUGGUUUUUUCCAGCUUCUGUUGGCAUAUUGAGGACCACUGGAGCUAUUCUAUCAAUUUUAAUCAUUGGGGAGAACCAAAAACGUGGUAUGGUGUAUCACGUUUACAUGCUGAUGAUUUUGAACGUGCUAUGAGAAAACAUGCUUCAGAGCUUUUUGAUCAAGCACCGGAUUUGUUACACCAUAUCACAACCAAUGUUAAUCCCAAUAUUUUACAAGCUGAAGGUGUACCAAUUUAUCGAACUGAUCAACACUGUGGUGAGUUUGUCGUUACAUUUCCACGAGCAUAUCAUGCUGGAUUUAACCAAGGCUUCAAUUUUGCUGAAGCUGUCAAUAUAUGUCUACCUGACUGGCUUCCAAUCGGUCGUGCUUGCAUUGAACAUUAUGCUGAAAUUAAGAGGCACUGUGUGUUUUCAAACGAUGAACUACUAUGUACACUUGCUGAAGUAGCUGUAGGAAAUGUUUUGCCAGAAGAUGUAUUAACCAUAACAAAUCCUAUUACACCAUCUUCUUCAGUUCAUGAAGAUCCAGACAAUCUAACUUCCGAUAUCCGGGAAAAGCUACCUCCUGGUUGUUCUACUUCAGGUUUAGAUAUAGGUGCUGUCGCUAUUGUACAUCAGGAGUUUACCGCUGUACUCAAAGAAGAACGUCGAUUGCGUGAGUUGGUCAGCAAAAAUGGUGUAACCAAUUCAAAGAAAGUGAGGUUUGAUGAAAUGCCAGAUGAUGCCCGUGUUUGUGAUUUUUGCCUAACUACUCUUUUCUUAUCUGGAGUUAGUUGUUCAUGUGUUGAGGAGUCGAAUACUAUCAAAGAAAAUAUUGGGAGCACUUCCGAUCAUUCGUCAAACAGCCCUAAUCCAACUACACGGAAACGCGGGAUAUCCGACCAGUUAUCUAUGAAUGAGUCCAGCGAAGAAGAAAGACGACCUCCUAGUCACAUGGUUUGUCUGAAACAUGUCUCUGAAUUGUGCGAUAAGUGUCCACAUUCAGUCUUCGUACUUAACUAUCACUAUUCAAUCGAUGAACUAUCCAAUUUGGAACAAUGUUUAGCUGAACGUCUAGCUCACUUUUAUUCAUGGAAAAAUCAGUUAUCAGUUUUAAUUCAACCCAAUGAUUCAAGCUCUUUAAAUAAUCAUUUUAUUAAGAAAGAACCUGUUGACAAACAAGAUACAACUUCUGAUACACAAUCCAAUAAUUCAACUUUGAAUACUAUCACUCUCGAGGAGUUGCAGAUGAAGUUGACUGAAGGUUACACAGCUGGAUACCAUACUGAUGAAAUCUAUGAUGAAGCUCAAUCAAUGCUAGAUCGUGGUAAACAUCUUCAACAAAUAUGUGCCAGAUUGAAGUCAUCUAUUAUCGGUACAGGAAACUGUAAUAGAUUUAGGAAUCCAUCUAUACCUUUAUCUUCAUCAACUAUCGAAGCUGUACGAUUUCAAACUCGACGUCCUGCCACUUUUAGUGUAGCCACUUCUUCAAAUAACACAUGCCCAACUUCAACUAGAAUUAUCAAAGUACCUUCUAAUCAAGGGUAUGUGGUUCUCAAUCAUGAACUUGAUGUCAAUAAUCCUCGUGAAUAUGAUAUGAUACGUCUUAUAGAAGCCUGUGAGCAACAGCAUCCUCUUAAUCUCUUUGAAGAUUCAUCAGUGCAGUUAAUCAAACGAUUAUUGAAUCAGUUAACAAUAUGGCAACAAUCAGCUCGGGAUACUAUUAACUUACUUUGUAAUUUAAUCUUAAUGAACGCAACUCGAAGUAUUUCUACAACAUUUAGCCUAUCAGACCAUUUGACCAAUACUGGUUUAAGUUCAGAUUACCUUUCCAAGAAUUUUCAUCUAUUGUCGGCAGAUGAUCAAGCCCUACUCCUUCUUGAUUAUUUACUAGAAGAAUUACGAAGUGAAUUCCCUGUGUAUGUGUAUCGUAUACCGGAAUGGAAUUCUCUUGACCUUCUGCGUCAUGCACUUAGGUGGCUUUGCGUUUGCAGUCGAUAUGAUAACACAACAAAGUGUAUACAUUGGUCGUUACUUCAUCUUCGUUAUUACUUAGCUCUUGGUGAAGAAAUUAUAUCACAGUUAACAGCUAAUACUUCAUGUAGUCAUAAACCCCACUCAAGAGGGUCUCAUAUAUCUACACCAUCUGGAACAUUACAUGUUUGGACAAAUCAAACAGCUGCACAAUCCCUAGUUACUGGUAUAAAUGCUUCUGGUGUAGAUACUGCAUUGACUCAGAUCCUGAGAUUUAUGCUUGCUCGAAUGCAUACAUCUUUAGGCAAAUUAACUCAACUGAGUGUACAAGCUGAAACUUUAAUUAGUAAUUUAACUGAAAUUCUAAAUAGUUCAGGUAAUUUAUUUCAAAUUAUGAUGUCUUCUACAUAUCAAGAAAUUGAAAGUAUUCUGAGUCAAUUUAAAAAUUUGGGGAUUGAUCAUCUCACAGCUAUUAACCGACAGAUCGUGUUACCGGAUGAACCUCAACUUCAUACAGCAUUAGAUGAACGUUCCUUCUGCAGUAUUUUGGAUAUUCAGUCUGUCACUUCAUCUGAAGAUGUCAUUCAACUGAAGGCACUCGUGAAACAGCGUAUUGACAACAUGAUUAACUGUUGUACACGAGAGGGUUGUAGUUUAUCCACAAAACAUCCACAGUUAACUGAAGCAGAAAUUAUAUGUGAUCUUGGUGCUUUUUUCUCCUCAUCUUCAACUUCUGAUCAUGUAUUAAAUUUAGUUACUACUAAUCAGAAAAUUGUUGUUUUGUCGGAUAUCUUCAGUCGUCACUUAACAAAAUUGAAUGAACUUGUUUCGAAUACAAAACGUGCUAUACAAGAUUUAUAUUGCAAAGUUUAUCCUCAUCGCUUGUCUUCACAUGAUAUUCAUAUGGAUUCAUUACUAGAGAUUUUGUUGCCUAUAAUUUCAACUACAAAUCAAAAGUGUUUAACUGUACAAUCUUUCAAGGAUACUUGCUUAUCAGGUUGUGAAAAUGCAUCAUCUGUAUACCAGCAACAAUCAAAAGAUAACCUUCAGUACAUAUCAUCAACACUCGAGAAUAUGUUUACAACAGGUACUUCAUGUGAUAUAUGCUCAAAACGAUUCAGAAUAUCAAAAAUAAUUAUGAACCAAGAUAGUUCAGAAAACAGUCUCAUUACUUCAUGUUCAUUGUGUUCAUUAUUCGUCGAAGAUUCAUCAGUGUAUCCAACAUUUGACUGGUUUGUAAAUUUUGAACGUUUUUGGUCUAUUUCUGUUUCAUCUCAUUUGAACAAUGAAGAAGUUAUUGAUUUAACUAAAGAAGAAGAUGAUAGAACUUAUGGCAGCUUACUUCUCCUUGACAAUCCUGUAUCUUUCGCUCUUCGUUUCUGUCUAGAUCAAAUUCGAGAACAUUUUGUUGAAUUAAAACAACUUCUACAAGUCAAUGAAAAUCAACUUAAUGGAAUUUUUUCAACUAUAAAUAAAUCAUUAAUGGAACAGUUACCAAAUUGUUUAAUAAAUUUUGUAAAACAUGAAAAAAGUAUCUCCUAUGAUGAUAAUGAUGAUGUAGCAUCAAUUUAUAAUUCUUCUGAUUUCAUAUAUAAAUUGAAUAAAAUAUUCUGCAUUUUGCUUACAUUUAAAAUGAAUUUAAUUCCAUAUAUUGAAUUUAUUGAAUACAUUUUAGCAUCAUUAUUGAAUAAGUAAAAAAAAAUUUUUUAUUCAAUUUAGGUUUCUAAGUCAACUACUAUUUAUUCUCAUUCAUUAAAGUUUAUCUAUUAAAUGUAUUCACAUUUAACUUAAUUGUUGUCUCUCUUCAUCUUUACAUGGAAUUGUUACAUUACUAUCUGUGCACAUUUAUUUAAUUUAUUUACUUAUUUAUUUGUUUAUUUAUUUAUUUCUUGAUUUCACGUUAUAAAAACAAACAUUCAACUCCUUAUGGUUUCAAUCAACAACGUCUGGUUAUUAGUUGUUUGUUGUUUUUCUCUUCUACCACCUAUCCUAGCGAUAUAACAUUUCCAUUUUUGUGUAUAUUUUUAUUCAUUUUCUCUUUAAACAUGAGUAUAUAUCGAGUUAGGGUGGUGUUGUUGUUGUUGUUGCUGUUUGCAUUUGUCGUCUUUUCGUUCCUCUCAAUUUACCUGCAUACUUUUUUGUUUCCCAAUUAAUUAUUAUCCUGUUGUAUAAUUAUCAUUUCAUCUUUUCAAAGUUCAUUGUUAGAUUACCAUUAUCAUUAUUAUACUUUUAAUCUCUCUCUCUCUCUCUCUCUGUCUAAACAACGCUUUUAUGAAUUAUUGAUCUGAAAGUAAUAAAUAAAUGAAAAUUGGUAUUUUAUUCAGUAUCCCUUGAUGAAUAAACGACUUUUUAUUAUGU